CAUAAUACAUGUUUAUGUCUUGUCGCUGCCCGUCACUGUGUAUGUGUUCUAUAAUGGCGAUAUGUUAGGGAUAUAUUAACUACCCAUGUACCAAGAUACCGGAGUCGUCACGUAGCCUGUAGAUAUGCCAUCUGUCAUGACACGUAGUGAAAGGUAUGCUGCUGAAAUAGGAGGCCAGGUGACUCUGGAGUGUUUUACUUAUGCGGUCCGUGUGUUACCAUUGACUGUUUCCUGGCAACAUACUUCAUCUGAUGGACAAACUAAAGAACUGAAUAAAGACAAUCAAAAGUACAUAUAUGAAGAUCGAAUAUUCAAUCUUUUAGGCAAUAACUUAGUAAUCAAAGACAUUACUAAAGAUGAUGAAGGCCAAUAUAAAUGUACCGUCUCAAAUUUCUGGGGAAGUGACAGUGCAUCAACUAACCUGACAGUGAAAGAAGGUCCUCCUGUAGUGCAAAUGAAACAAACAUCAUCAUCUACAGAAGGGGAAAAUGUGCAUCUGAAAUGUACUGUCAAAGCUACAUCACCAGUAUCCAGUAUCAAAUGGAUGAAAGAAGAAAGAGAAAUUGAAAUUACCGAUGAUUAAUACGUCGGUGGUUCAGUGACUCGUCCUUCGAUAGUUAUCAUCAACGCCGAAAAAGAACAUGACGAAGGCAAAUACACUUGUUUGGCAGAAAAAAUUGCAGGAAAAAGCAGCCAAUCAGUGGUCUUGACCAUAAAAAGCAUAGAGGUGGAACCAAGGACUGAAGCCCGUCAAUACGAACCCAUCCCAAAAACAGCAACUCAGGAAGACAUUAUAUUCAGACACGCUAUAAUGGUGAACGAUUUAUCUGAAUUAAUUCCCCCAGAGGAAGAGAUGAUUUGGAAAAAAUUCCAACAAUUGUUACAAGCAUUUGUGCCCAAAAGACAACUUACAAAGAACUUACAUGACAUCAUACAGUACCUCAUAGAACAGGAACAGAUUAGUUACGGGCAUUACGACAAGUUGUAUAAAGUUGUUUACAGAAUACAUAAACAGGGAUCACACAUCAUUCAGAAGGCAGAAUCUGACAUAAAAGUCAUAAGAGAAGGAGGAGUGCCAAACGAAAAACCUAUCGAGCUGGAAUGUGAAUAUUUGGGUAAAUACAAAUCAGAAGAACAAGUACAGCUCUAUAUCCGUCAAAUCGAAGCCAAUUUCCAUGACAUCAAUUUGAGAAUAAAAGGAAGAGGACGGCCAGGUUCAAUUCGCCUUACGUUUACAAUCAGCGAAGCGAAGAAGCCACACGAACUACUUGCAUUGUACCUGGCGGAGACUCUAAAGACCAGACUAGAAAACAGACAGAUUGAACUGAAGGAUGAGUCAGACGUGCCGUUAGUACUGAAGACUUCACCGAGACUAAUGAUACCCAUGAAAGAUAAACCAACAGUACGUUUAAGUAAAGGACAUUACCGAUAUGCUGAAGGAGAAACUGCAACUGUACAAUGUGUUGCGGUCUCCGCACUGGAAAUCGAAUAUAUCCAGUGGUUCAGAGUACAGGAUGGAAAAACCCAAGAAAUCAUUAUAAACAACGACAAAUAUGUUGGUGGACCAAAAUCACCAUCGCUUUCUAUCAGUGAUGCAAAGAAAGCUGACACAGGAAUAUAUUUAUGUAGGGCCGGAAACAGGGCAGGUGAAGCUAUAAGCAAUACGGCGUUUGUCGAUAUAUUCAGCUUUGAUCCUGACGUUGGUUGUGAACCUACACCCGGUGAUAGUGCGUCUGGACACAUGCAGUUCUAUCAACGCAAAUGUCAUAUGAUCGGUUCUCCCUUUUUCUCUCAUCAUGGGUUUUACUUAGAUGAAUAUAAGAGCGGCAUCGGCUGCUAUAUUAAGGCAGUGGAUAGGGAUUCACCUGCGGAGACAGUGGGUCUGAAGGCUGGUGACAGAAUCAUGGAAAUAAAUGAUCACCCCGUCGAAUACGGCUCCCGUCAGGAGCUCAUCCGUGAAAUAAAACAUGGAGAGGAGACCAGCUUAUUAGUGGUGGAUCCAGAAACCGAAAAGUUCAUGGGAAUUGGUUGUUCGACGAAUAUCAUUAAUGUUACGUUAUCUUACCUCCACCUGUUUCGGCCUCGCCUAUGUCACAUCAAGGGCAUCUGCGGUUUUGACUUAGACGAACAUAGGGUAGACGAUGGCCACUAUAUUAAAACAGUAGAUGCAGUUACCUUUGCAAAUCAACCAGGUCUUCUAGCUGGUGACAGAAUCGUGGAAGUGAAUGGUAUUAACAUCGAGUACGACUCCCAUCAGGAGGUCAUCCGUAGAAUGAAAACUGGAUGCUAUAGUAAACUGUUGGUGGUGGAUCCAAAAACCGACGAGUACUACAAGUCUCGGGGUGUUGAGAUCCAUAGUGGUCUGAAGGAGGUCUAUGAUUUACGCGUUUGCCAUUGCCGCCUGAACUACGUGAGGUGGGCUUCCUUUCUCGGUUGUGGCUUUGAGUUAGAUGAAGAUAGGGAGGACAAAGGCCACUAUAUCAAGACAGUGGAUAAGGCUUCACCUGCAAAGACAGCCGGUCUGAAAGCUGGUGAUAAAAUUAUUGAAGUGAAUUUUCAUAACGUCGAAUCUGACUCCCACCAAGAGGUCAUCCGUAAGAUACAAACUUGUUACGAUAUCAGCUUCUUAGUGAUGGGUCCGAUUACACACAAGUACCACAGACCACUGUUGAAUAAAAGAGUAUCUGAGGAUUGGCCAGAGCCUGAGACCGAGGUGGAGUGUAACCAGGAGCCUAAGAGUGAACUUGCAAACAAACAACCUCAGUUUGUGCCUAUUCUUGAACCGGAGGAUUUCCUUAAAUUUGAACCAUUGGGGGAUUUAAAGUCAGAAACGGCAGAUGAAUCUGAAAUUGUGGAACUAAAGGAAAAAGUAUCUGAGGAUUGGCCAGAGCCUGAGACUAAGGUGGAGUGUAACCAGGAGCCUAAGAGUGAACUUGCAAACAAACAACCUCAGUUUGUGCCUAUUCUUGAACCGGAGGAUUUUCCUCCAUAUGAACCCAGCUUGGAUUCAAAGUUUGAAACUUCAGAUGAAUCUGAAAUUGAACUAAAGGAAAAAGAUGCUGCAGAUCAGCCAAAGCAUCAACCCGAUAUUGAGUCUAACACUGAACCUAAGGAUGAGUUUACGACCGAACCCAACCUUGUGCCUGAUUAUGAACCUAAGGAAGAGUUUACGAUCGAACCCAACCUUGUGCCUGAUUAUGAACCUCAAUAUGCGCUACAACCCGAACCUGAGGAUGUGCCUGAAACAGAACAUUUGACCGAGUCUGUGUCUGGAUCAAAGGGAAAAGAAUAUGAAGACUGGCCGGAACCUGAGACAGAGUUUGAGUCUAAACCUGAGCUUAAGGGCGAACUUGCACAUGAACCGAAUACGUUCGAUGAUCUUGAACCUGAUGAUUCACCUACACCUGAACCCGAGGAUGAGCUUGAAACUUAACUAAAGGCAAGAUGAUACCUAGUUGUGACAGAACGGUAGACAAAGUGAGUACCACACAUCGCGGUCACGGUACAAGACGGUCUGUAGCAUCAUCAUUAUCAUCAGAUGCUUGGAAAACAAAACUGAUGUCGCUCUAUGUCCAGAAGAACUCUAUCAACAUGAUCUUAGUUUCUUUUGAUGGUUCCUUUUGGUAAUUUAGAAUGGGAGUCGACCCAAAUCAUACUGCUUGGAUCAGACAGGCAGCCAAAAAAGUAUUUUAACCUGUAACUUCUGCAAACGUUAUUUCCCAGAAAUUACAGUAGAUACAUUUCGCAAACUGUAUUGAGAUAUCAGGUAGUAAAUUUAAAUGUAGAAGUGUGAUUAUUGAAAGGAAAAUUGUUAUCUUGUCUAUAUAAGAAAUGGUUAAUGUAUAUGAGUGUUAUAUGGCGGAAUAUAUAACGUGACUGAAAAAAAUAUUGCUUAAAUUUCUAGCAUUUUGUAAAUAUAUAUUAUAUUAUGUAUCUUAGUUCCAUUGAAACAUAUUCAAUGAAUGUUUUAGAAAUGCGUUUAUUGUACUUCUGGUAUUUACCUUUAGAUUAUAAAUAACCAGACACUACUAAAUGUAGAUGGUUAAAGUUUAUUGUACCUAACAUGUAAAAUCAAAAUGUUCUGACAAAUACUGAAACAGCCAUUAUUGCGACAGACAGUGUUUUAUUGUAAAAAUAUUUGUCAUGCGUAAAGUGGAAACCGUUCAAGAUUUCCGUCACAAGUUUGAGUUUGACGUCGUUUUGUAUUUGGUCCUAUUACGCCAAGUGUGACGGAGAGGCCCCAUCAGUUUUCGAAUUUUAAAUAUUGUUUUUACGUAAUGUAAUUGUUUUGUGUUUUUUCUGUAUUUCGCUGAAGGACCGGUUUGCUCGAAAAAAUUGACAACAUCAUAUUGUCUACAUUGUUAGAAUUCCUACCUUGCCCCCUUUAUAUAUAUAAAGGAUCUUACAUGAGUU